UGGCACUGAGCUGGUGUCCCGUUCUCGAAGUCUAUUCGAACCACCCUAGGCAGGAAGCAUUCCACCGCAUCGGUUGGACACAUUUCCAUUCACUACGAAAAAAACCGGCGCUAGUACUCCUUCAUCAACACACUGUGAUACUACAGGUUCGUCAGAAGUUAAAAGACGAGAGAAAACACUGCAAAAUCCUCGAUAAACUGAUAAGAUAGCUCACUCGACUGGUACUGAACCGAACAAAAGGGAAUUUCUUCAGAACCGAUCGCAGUGCAGAGACAGCGCUUCCUUCAGCACCAUGUCUUGUCCGGUGAGUGAAUCCAACGAACCAAUUCUGACGGUUGUGAAAGCCUCAAAUGUGAACAAGUACGAACGAUCGUCAACAUCUUCGACGCCGACUAUGGAACUGCCGGGUCCCGACCCGGAUGGUGGUCAAACGGACAAACGGAAGGCCAUAAUCUGUACCGACGGAGCGUUCAGCAUCACCUUGCACCACUAUGACAGCAUUGUCAGUGAACUGAAGUGCCCGGGCUGUGCUCAACCGUUACAUGGACCGGUUUACCUGUGUCAAACGGGGCACAGCGUCUGCUUGCGUUGUUCCAGCAGAAUUAGCUGUUGUCCUCUGUGUCCGAAGAAAAUAACCGACAUGAGAAACUAUUCACUGGAGGCGAUUGCCAGCAAAGUCCACUUUCCAUGCGACAACGCCAUUCGGGGUUGCUCGGCGCGAUUACCGCUGGAUUUGCUGUUCUGGCACAAGGACCGUUGCGGAUAUAAGCAAAUCGAAUGUUUCAUGGGCAAAGUAUGGGAGAACUGUCGGUGGAAGGAUUGCGAGAAGGACUGGAUCGAGCACUGUAUAUCCGAGCACCAGGAUAAGGUGUACAGUUCACCGGAUAUCGUUCUGACGUGGAACUUCGCUGCCGACAGUCAGCGAUGCAUCCAGCUGCAGUCGGUCAUCGCCUACUACAUGAUUCGGGCCUACGGGGAGUACUUCAACGUGUACCAAAUCUACGAUCAGAACAGUCACCGAACCAUUUGGACGGUAAUUUGUUCGACCAAGAAGGCCAAGGUCAGCGGCCAGUUCGCCUUCGAGCUGGAGCUGUAUUCACCGAUCGAAAGUAGCAAACUGUUGGUGCAGCGAUUUCCCUGUCACUCCGAGAGCGAUUCGGACUUUCUGAAAGAUGGCCACUGCGCCAAAAUUUCCAUCCAGGAGGCGAUGCGGUUCAUGACGAAGGAGAAGAUACUCUACUACCGCAUCCGCAUCAUCGAGGUGACUCCGUGCCGUAGUCGCAGCUUGGUACUGAUCAGUCAAGCACAGAAGCUCGCACCGGUACCGACCGCAUUUCAAUUACUUCCGGUUAACUAUUCGGCUCGAAAAACACACCCAGUUAACGGGAAAGUCACCGCUUCCGAAAAGGGCAGCACCGUUGAAAACGAAACCGAAACCACCGGCGAAGCCAAAACUGAUCCUGAUCACACGGAUGUCCAUUCGCCGACUUCAUUCAGUUUGUCCGGUUCAUCAUCGUCGUCAUCAUCAUCAUCGAUAGCAGAAGACAAUUCGGUGCAGGCGGCACUGUCCGAUGAGGAUCAGAAAUUGAAAACCAACGGGGUUAUACCGAAAGCCAUUUCGACUCCCGUUCUAAGCCGGGUGAAUUCUUUCCCUAAGCCACCCCGCGUACACAUCCAGAACAAUCCAACGGUGCUGAACCCCGCCAAGGGCUGCUCAGAGCAGAAAUUGGUGCGCUGUCGGAUUGUGGACAAUCAGGAGAACAUGAAAAUGAAACCCAUCUUCAGUGGAGAGGAAAAAGCUGGUUCCCGGGAAAGCUUGAGUAAAUUGCAAAGCCUCAAGCUGUCAAAGUUUUACAACUUAACGACCUACAAAGCAGCUUCCAAAAUUUGGACCAAAAAAGAGGUUCCCGUCAAUAGUGGCUGAAAGAAAAAAAGGUUAUAAUAGAAGUCAACUGUUUCCGUUGAGUGGGUUUCGGAAUGGUUUUAGUUCUAGAACAUUUACCAAACUUGUAUACUAGCAGAGAAAGAAAAAACAAUUUAAUAAAUUUCCUAAUCAUAUUCCUGUCG